CUGGGAACAUCCGAGACAUAUCAGUACACUACAGACCCUGCAGACGUUUAGUCACCUCUCAACAGCUCAACAGCUGCUGGUACUCUGGUAUUUAAUCAGAUGUGCUUCUGAGUUGUCAGUAGACUUGAAUAGAGGGAUUUAAAGCCGCUAACUGAUGAAGUUUUGGAGCAUGAGGGUGAGCCAAGUGUUGCAGUUGUCCACUUUACUGGUAGGACUUCACCAUGUCUGGUGUUCACCUGCACUAGGUCAGGUCCCUGUGUCUCAGGUGAAGAUGCUCUCGCUGGGUCUGGCUCACCUGCUGGAAGAGGUGACUGAGAACGUGGAGCGACUGGAGCAGCACGGAGAAAUGAUGGGAAGAGAGAUGGACGGGGCAACAAAGCGUUUGGAGAGCCUUCGUAAGAAAAAUAUACAAGUGGGACGGACUCACAAACAGGUGAGGAAGGUCCUGCAGACAUUGUCUGCCAGGAGGGACAGACAAUGGAGGACAGUCAGAGACCUGCAGAAGGAGUCGGAGGAUCUGGAGACUGAAAAGGCAGCCAUGCAACGCCGCAUGAACCGGAUCCUCCAGAGUAUGAGGAGCCUGACUGAGGCAAGGUCAGGGGGUGGGGCUUGCACUGGCAUCAGCUCCAUGAAGGUUCUCGUUGAUAAACAGGCCCGACGACUUGCCAGCCUGACCUCUGAGGUCUCUGCGUGGGAGAGAAUGAUCGACAGACGCCAGCAGUACAUCGAACAUCUGGAGAAACAGCUGUCUUCAGAUGCCUAAAAGCCUCCCGGCAGCGCAGAGGGUAGAGGUUCACCCAGACUGUGACCGAUGAGCACAGCUGCAUCAACAUUGUGACUCUGACCAACUUACAGGCUGAGACUGAUGCUGCAAAACUGACAAGGCAAACAGCUCUGACAGUCAGCCAUGUGAGACGUCAGUGCCUCUUUAAACGUGUGUGCCAUCUGCAUCUCACAAGGACAUAUUGUUUUUUUUUACAGCAUAAAGCAAAUAUUUUUACCCAAAACAUAAUAAAACAUCUCAAUUUCAAUAAAAUUAACUAUAAAUAUAUAUAUUAAAUAUCAAACCUCUUUUUACCAAUUUUUGAGCUUUGGAACCUAUUGCAAAAAGCUGUUUGGAUUCCUCAUCUAGUAUUUAUAAAUCAAAAUCAUCUCACCACUCCUCAGAUUUAUAUGGUGGCCUCUUAGAUAGGCCGGACUCUCAAGCUGGGCACCAGUGAGGAAACUAGCUAAGCAGUGUAGCAGUUAAUUAAAACAAUAACACCGCGUCUGUUUUGUGAAACUUCUUUUACUUUACGGGAGUUUCUUGUGUUAUUCAGAGUGCUUUAAGGCAGGGCUUUUACUUCUAAUAGAGCAUUUUUCUAUGUUAUUUAGAGUUCGUCUGUGUCAAAUAUGUUGUGGAAGUGUUCUGUCCUCAGUAAGAGCUGCCUGUUUCUAAAGGUUGUGGCUCUGGCUUUCACAAUGUUGUGGUGAUGAUGAAACGACUCACGAAGAUAGUUUGCUCACACUCACUGAAAUAAACAUGAGCGUAAUGAGACGGUUGUUCAGCACACCCACCGAUAAAACAAAUCAUCCAGUUGAGUCACACUGAAAUUUUUAAGAACUAAAAACUGAAAAGGCAAAGUUAGACUUGGUCAUGCUUUUAGACAUUAUUUAACUAACAAGUUACACGAUAGAACACAGAAAUUAAACGACUGUGCUAGAAUAUUGAACUAAGACUAUAUUCUGAGAUCCAGCAACUAUCGCACAGCUCCUUUACGAGUAACAGAGAAAACAGUGUUUGUCAUUUUGAUGUCACUGGCCAGAAAUUUGUUAGUAAUUGUUCGUGUUUUGACCUUGAUCCUACAUUACAGAUGAUCUGGAUGUUGGUUUUAUGUGUUUGUGUUGUGGCUGGGUCAUUCUUGAAAAUUAGAUUUUUGAUCUCAGUUAUACUUUUACCUGGAUACGUAAUGGACAUAUACUGCCUGGCUUAAAGAAGAAGAAGAAGAAAAAGAAGAAGCCUCCACCUGGAUUUAACUAAGCAAACAGGUAAACCAAGAAAACAGUUGAGAUUACUGGAGCUGCUGAAGCUAGGUUAAGAACUGUCCGAUGCAUUAUUAAAACCUGUGACAGUGGUCAACCAUCAAACUGCAGU